CUUGCCCAGAUAACACACUCCGCCCGUCCCUCGGGUGCGCACUCCCCUCUCGGGCUCCGGGGCCCCAGGGCAGCCCCCAUGACCCGCACGCGCGCCUACAGCAGUCCCGCUCCCUCCCCGACGAGCCUCGACCCAGGCGUCCUGCCCCCUGCUCUGACCCCGGGUGGCCCCUACCCUGGCGACCCCUCACGCACACAGCUUCUCCCCCACCCCCACCCGCGCACGCACACAUGCAGAUAACAGCCCCGACCCCCGGCCGGAGCCGCAGAGUCCCUGGGCCACCCCGGCCGCUCGCAGCGCUGCGCCGCGCUGAGCCGUCCUCCCGGAGCCGGACCGGGGCCACAGCUCCCGCUCCGCUCCAACCCCGCGCCCACUGGACAGCCGCCCUCUCUUCCAGGCCCGUAGGGCUGGCCCUGCCCCGCCGAGCUUCCCGGGAUGAGGGCUCCCGGUGUGGUCAUCGGGCGCACCUCAGGUUGCUGAGGGACCCCGGCCAGGCGCAGAAAUGGGGGCGCGCGAAUGUCCUGCCUGGCUGUGGCUUCUCCUGUCCCUGCUGUGGCUCCCUCUGGGCCUCCCAGUCCUGGGCGCCCCCCUACACCUCAUCUGUGACAGCGGAGUCCUGGAGCGGUACGCCUUGGAGGGCAAGGAGGCCGAGAAUGUCACGAUGGGCUGUGCCGAAAGCUGCAGCUUGAAUGAGAAUAUCACCGUCCCAGACACCAAAGUUAACUUCUACGCCUGGAAGAAGAUGGAGUUCGGGCAGCAGGCUAUCGACGUCUGGCAGGGUCUGACCCUGCUCUCGGACGCUGUCCUUCGGGGCCAGGCCCUGUUGGCCAACUCCUCCCAGCCAAGGGAGCCCCUGCAGCUGCACUUCGAUAGAGCUGUCCGUGGUCUUCGCAGCCUCACCACUCUGCUUCGGGCGCUGGGAGCCCAGAAGGAAGCCACCACCCCUCCAGAUGCAGCCCUCUCGGCUGUUCCACUCCGAACCAUCACUGCUGACACUUUCAGCAAACUCUUCCAAGUCUACUCCAAUUUUAUCCGGGGAAAGCUGAAGCUGUACGCAGGAGAGGCCUGCAGAACAGGGGACAGGUGACCAGGUGCAUCCAGCCGGGCACAUCCACCACCUCCCUCACCAACAUCGCCCAUGCCACACCCUCCCCCACCACUCCCAACCCCCAUCAAGCGGCUCUCAGCUCAGCACCAGCCUUGUCCCACGGACACUCCAGUGCCAGCGAUGACAUCUCAGAGGCCAAAGGAACUGUCCAGAGCACAACUCUGAGAUCUAAGGAUGUCACAGGGCCAGCUUGAGGGCCCAGAGCAGGAAGCAUUUAGAGAGCAACUUUAAACUCAGGGACAGAGCCAUGCUGGGGAGAUGCCUGUGCUCACUGGGUGCCCUGCAAAAUUUGAUGCCAGGACACGCUUUGGAGGCAAUUUACCUGUUUUUGCGCCUACCAUCAUUGAUGGGAUGACCUAGAGAAUUUAGGUGGCAAGGGGUGACUUUUCCAGGUCUCACGGGCACUCCCUUGGCGACAAGAGCCCCCUGGACACUGGGGUGGUCGGAACCGUGAAGAUGGGAUGGGGGCUGCGCUCUGGCUAUCAUGGGGUCCAAGUUUUGUGUAUUCUUCAAUCUCAUUAGCAAGAACUGAAACCA